UAUGCAUACAAGGUUAAUUUAGUAAAUAUACAUGUACACUCCACCUUUCAUACCAAAAAUCAUGUUAAAAUCUCUUGCAGCUUUCUCAUUUUCACUACCAUGGCUACUCUUCUCACCCUCUUCAAGCCCACCAUGAUACAUACAGUAAUUCUGAAUCUACUGCUUCUCCAUCCUUUAGCCACCACUUCAAGCUCCAUUCAUGAACUUCUCAGAAGCAAAGGAUUGCCAGCAGGGCUUUUCCCCAAGAAUGGAGUGGAGUCCUAUGAACUUGAUGAAAAUGAUCAACUUCAAGUGUACUUGGAGUCACCAUGUGUGGCUAAGUUUGAGACCAGGGUGUUCUUUGACAGUAUUGUGAGGGCUAAUCUAAGCUAUGGUGGACUCACUGGAGUGGAGGGUCUGUCUCAAGAAGAACUUUUUUUAUGGUUACCUGUGAAGGAUAUAAUUGUUUCUGAUCCUUCCUCUGGGAUUAUUUUGAUUGACAUUGGAUUGGCUCUUAAGAAGUUGUCUCUUUCUCUCUUUGAAGAACCCCCUAUUUGCAAUCCUCAAGAUGUGCUAAUGGAAAAAAAUCUGGCUAGGAGGAGCUCCAGUUGGAAGUUUGAGAAGUAAAAGAAUAAUCAAUCCUCUUUAUCAGUUCUAAUUUGCUCUAGUUUUGUUCAAGGCAUUCUUAGAUUUGCCUUUGCUGUGAAACUUGAAGAACAUAAAUGGAAUGAUUUCCUCAUCUAAUGCUUUUAGGAUCGGGAAAAUCUGGAGACUAACUGUAGAACUUUGGAAUGAAAAAAGAAUAUUUUGAAGUUGCAA